ACUUCCGGUCUCUCGCUCUGUCCAUCCGAAGUGGAAACACUAUAAACCAAGGACGCGGGCGGUUCCGCCUAACUGACUGAAACCAGCCCAACAGAACCGCCACGUUCCCCCGGACCACAGCCAGAAGGUUAAAAUGGGCAUCUCUUCUGCUGACCAAUCAGAUGCUUAGUUUCCCAUGGGGGUCGUCACUACCAUGGACCCGGAUUCUGCCCGGCAACCGCAGGGCAAGUUAGGUAACGCUAGCCACGCUGUGAUCGAAGCUAACGUGGGCCCUCGAGGAAAGCACUAUCUGUGCGGCUCGUUCGCCGCGUUCACCAACAUCAUCGUGACCUUCCCUAUCCAGAAGCUCUUGUUCCGGCAACAGCUUCACGGCGUCCGCGUGACCGAAGCCGUCCGCCAGCUACAGCGCGACGGAUUGGGUCGUUUGUACCGAGGGCUUCUUCCGCCUCUCCUGCAGAAAACCACGACCGUAGCCAUAAUGUUCGGCUUGUAUGAGGAUUUUUCCCGCUUGCUUUUGCGUCACGCCCGGAGUAGCGGAACGCCCGAGAUUGUUACGCGUAGCACCGCCGCAGCGCUAGCCGGCACAGCUGAGGCUGCGCUAACGCCGUUCGAGCGUGUGCAAACGCUUCUUCAGGAUCACCGGCACAACGGGCGCUUUAACAACACCGCACACACCUUUAGGACCCUCCUGCGGGAUUACGGCGUGAGGGAGUGUUACCGUGGCCUAGUCCCGGUGUUACUGCGUAACGGGCCGAGCAACGUGCUGUUUUUCGGGUUGCGUGGGCCGAUUAAGCAACGGCUUCCCGACGCCCGCACCCGCGCGGGUCACAUGGCUAAUGACUUUGUGUGUGGCGGGCUUUUGGGCGCGGCGUUGGGAAUCAUGUUCUACCCGCUAAACGUGGUGAAAUCGCGAGCGCAGGCCCAAGUCGGAGGCGAGUUCGUUCCCUGCCGGCAGGUUCUGAUGACGGUGUGGCGGGAACGAGGCGGGAGCGUCGCGAUGCUCUUCCGCGGAGCUACGCUCAACUACCAUCGCUCUCUUCUGUCCUGGGGGAUCAUCAACGCCACGUACGAGCUGCUCCUCAAAGUUUUCUGAUGGUGCACUUUUCCCCAAAACAAGCCAAAGUUGAGUGUUUUCCCUCUUUAAAAGAGGCCAGCUGCACUUAAAUGCACAAUCCACUUAUAAAUGUAAAUACUGUCAUCAUUGUUCCAAACUUAAUUUCUUCUGUGGAACGGAAAAGAUGAUUUUUUGAAAGUUUUGGACCCCAUUGACUUCCAUUGAAUGGACAACUGGUUUGGUUUCCAACAUCCUUCAGAAUAUCUUGUUUUUUUGCUAGAA